UUUAAAACAGAAACUUACUUGAUCUGAACUAAGGAAAGAAAACAGAUUCUGUGGAGGGGUAACAAUGCAGAGAAAGCAUCCAGCAUCAUUUCUUUUCUUCAUACUGUAUAUUUUUCUGGCCCCUGGUGGUUCCUGAACUACACUAUAUGGUAUAUAGUGUGUGUGUAUAUAUAUAUAUAUAUAUAGAUAUAUAUAGUGUAUAUCUCUCUAUCUAUAGAUGUAUAUAUGUAUAUGUAGCAUAUACUGUAUAUAUGAGCCGCAGCCAUGUUCUUGCUGUAGGAUUGUAAUCCUUACAAAGCGGGACACUUAUUACCCAUGUGAUGAGUGUUGGUGGAGCGAUCAGAAACAGCCUCUGGGGACAGCACCUCCCUAUUUUCAUCGUGUGAUGCAACGUCUUGGUAACCAGAGGACUGUUUUCUACAAAGAAUCAAGUCACGGGUAAUGUGCCACUUAGAAACAAAUAAUAUUAAAUGAUCCAUGUUCAGCACAUUUCUGAUCAGAACACUGGUCAUUUAGUGUGACGCUCAUGAAAAAGAACUAUAAAAUGAUCACCAUCAAGUGAGAGCAUCGCUAUCAACUGGCUGCAGUGUUGAGAAGCACAGAGUAAUAUUAUAGAAAUGUUUCGUUAGAGAAACCGACACUAAGCCACCGUCCUGAGACAGAACAGAGAUGACUACCAGAGGACAGAGCGAUGCGGAGACAAUAGGACGCAGAGCCCGGAGAGUCUGCAGGAUGCUCGGCGCCACAUCCACUGUCACACGGCUUCUCACAGGACCCUGAGAUCAGGCGUUUCUCCCGGCUCACCUGGCCUUAGUAUGCGCUCAGAUCAUCCCGUGUGUUUACCAGCAGCCUGGACUGACAGGGCGGACUCCACAGCCUCCAUAUGGGAACCAAUUGAAGGUGACACCGGCUGUUAGCUGCUGCUGCUCUUGAGCAUCCGAUCCCCAGUUUUUUCACCCGGUCCGUCCCCUAUAGCAGUCCCUAGCAUGAGUUCCUCUCCGCUGGUGUCUCGAGCCAACAUGGACAUCCUGGACGAGCUGCAGCUGAUUGCAGCUCAGAACCUGGAGAGGCUGGAGGUCAACAAGUACUACGAGGUGAUCAGGGAGCUGGGCAAGGGCACCUACGGCAAGGUGGACCUGGUCAUCCACAAGAUCAGAGGUACGAAGAUGGCACUGAAGUUCCUGAAGAAGAAGACCACCAAGCUGAAGUCGUUCCUGCGGGAGUACAGCAUCUCACUCUACCUGUCUCCCUGCCCUUUCAUCAUCAACAUGUUUGGCAUCGCCUUCGAGACGGACGACUACUAUGUGUUCGCACAGGAGUACGCGCUGGCAGGGGACCUGUUUGAUAUCAUUCCUCCACAGAUUGGUCUUCCUGAGGCAGUGGCAAAGCGCUGUGUGCACCAAGUAGCCAUCGCUCUGGACUACCUGCACUGUAAGAAGCUGGUCCACAGGGACAUCAAGCCUGAAAACAUCCUCAUUUUUGACCGAGAGUGCCGCAAGGUCAAGUUAUCAGAUUUCGGCAUGACCCGCCGAGCUGGCUCACCUGUGAAAAGAGUGAGUGGCACCAUCCCCUACACGGCCCCAGAGCUCUGCGAUGUGUCCCGCCACGAGGGUUUCUGCGUGGACUACAGCACUGAUGUUUGGGCCUUCGGUGUGCUGCUCUUCUGCAUGCUGACCGGCAACUUCCCCUGGGAGAAGGCCCUGCCCUCCGACUCCUUCUACCAGGAGUUCAUCCGCUGGCAGAGGAGGAGGACGAACGCAGUGCCGUCCCAGUGGAGGCGCUUCACUGAGCAGGCCCUCCGCAUGUUCCGCCGGCUGCUCUCCGUGGAACAGGACCGUCGCUGCUCCGUCAAAGAGGUCUUCGGUUACUUCAGCCACUCCUGGAUGCUGGACGCAGAGAACAACAACAACAAUGGCAACAGCAACAGCAACAGUAACAGCAACAGCGCAGGUGGUGGAGAGAGGGUUGGCGGUGGCGGCGGAGGAGGAGGAGGAGUGCGAGGAGAUGUGAAUGGCACUAUCUCCUCAUGUUCAUCCGGGGAGGAAGACGAGGAGCUUCUUGUGGAGAGGAUGAAGCAGCAGACUUUAUCUCCUCUCUCCCCACUUUCACCUCUCUCUCCCACGUCUCUGGUGGCCGUGGAGAGGGGGAGCGGGGGCGGGGCUAAGGGCGGGAUGAUGGAACCAGGUGGCGGCCAUCAUUUCGUGUCCGUCUCCACCAACAGCUCCGUGUCGUCCACCAACAGUUACGAUCGAAUGCCGCGAGAAAACAAUUCACCAGGCGGACGCAUGCUGGUGGCGACGCCCAUUGAAAUCUGCGUCUGAGCGCGUCAGAACGUUAAUGUUGUCACAGACUCACUGCUACACACUUUUAUACCUUCAUCCAACCUCAUAGACGUACAUGCAUGGAAAAAUAAACAAACAGACAAUGAGUUCUAACACGGAAAGGAAGAGCACACGCGGAAGACUAAACACAGAGUAUUUGUAGAAUGCAUACAUUCCUCAUGACGUAGGCUUUUUGGUUGAAUUGGAGUCCAAAGACUCCACGAGAAGCUCAAUUUGCUCUGCGAUUUCAACGACGUGUGCAAAUGCCGUUUUGUGAAACCCAGAGGAAAAUGACAAAUUGCUUCCAUUAGAGAUUCUGUCACUAAAACCAUCCGAAAAGAAGACCAAAAUGUAUUUCUAAAAGCAAUACUUACAGCAAAAAAUGGCAAAUAGAGACACAAGAAGUGGCAGAUUGUUGUGUGAUCUCUUCAGGAAGUGUCAUUUCUGAAGGAAGCCGCAGGGACAAAGGAUUUGUAUUUUUGAAGAAGACUAAAACAGAGUUCAAGGAAAUACCUUGUAAGAUAAUAAAAGGAGCGAGCGGUGGUUUUAAAUGUUUCAUGUGUAAGAACAAUGUGAAAGUGUGAGGGUGUUUGUUGUGUGUAUUACUGUGUGGUUGAGUCCAAAACAAGUGGAUAAAUCUUACUUUGAGAAUUGUAUUGUUUAUUUGAAUAGACGACACACUCUAUUUUUUCUAUUUCUUUGUUUUUCGUUCCACUUCACAUUGUAUUUUGUCCACUUCCAUUUGGUUGGCUGCUGUUCACAUUGGUAUGAUACAACUGUGUGAGGUUUGACCAGACGGGAUAUUUUCCGUAAAGCAGUUUGUCCACGAGCAACAGACUGGACUGAGAGAAGGCUUAUGAUGUCUCUGUAAUUCACGUCAAACAUAUCUACUUCACGGUUGAAAGACUUUUUUUUCUUUUCUACUCCCUCCCCAAAAUUCGUAUAACUUUCUGUUUUCUUUCUUUCAGCUUGUAUUGCUUGUUUUCCUCGAAACUUUAAGCGAAAUGUAUUGUCUGAAAAGAAAAGAGAAAUGAUCACUUCAGCAUUUUCAAUUCAAUCUGAAAGAACAAAAAAAAAAAAAAUGAAAAUGUAGAAGUCACCUUUUUUAAAUUGCAUGACGAGUAGCUAAAACUUACCUUUACCAAGAAUUUGAACCGGCUUUACGUAAAUACACGGGGGGCAAGGACGAAGAGAAACGUAAAAUGUUGUGAUGUGGAAUUUUUGCCGUAGCACAAUUUCUUGCAUUAUGUCCCUGAGGGAAUAUUGCCGUAUCUCUUGAGACAUCAUAGGGCUAAAAAAUCUGAACAAUAAUUAGUUUCUAUUCAGUGUUUUGUGUUUGUAUUGCUAAUAAUACCGUGUACUCAUCUCACCACCUUCAGGAACAGAAGAAAAAAAAAGCAAAGCAUGAGGACGUAGAGCGAGACGCUUGACUUUAAGCUGCAGGUAGGGACUUAGAUGAUGUAACUUUUCUUCUAAAUUGCCACCUUUAGUCAAGUAGUGUGGCGUAGAUGUUUUUUUUCUACCAAGUUAAAAUGAACAGAAAAGAAGUCAUCCAUUCCUUUCUUUGACUCAAUAUUACCUAAAUAAGCAUUGGAUCAUGCAUAGGAAUGGACCUUUUGUGUGUUGCUUUCCAGACAUAAAUCUGCAUGAACUUGUAUGUGCUAAAGCUCUGUAGUGAAAACCUGCUCAGUGUUUCUCCUGUCACAAGCUGAUGUAGUGUAGCUGCAAACAACACGUUUCUUUAUCUUGUGAGAGUGCGGAGCCUCAGCUGGGAUCUGCCUGACUGAGGGUCAGCUAAACUCGGCUCCGCCCUAACAGAAACACGUAUGGAUCAUGUCCACCGAAGCUGCUCCCGGAUCAGCGAGCGAGUAUGCAAAUUACUACAUCUUGUGACAAUCUCUGACCUCAUUGGCAGCCUUCUGACUCAGAACAAAGGACAGUGCUGACACAGACUCUGUAGCCUGGUCCCUCUCCAUCAGCCAGCUGCGAGCUGUACUGGCUCUGCAGCGUUUACUGUGGAAGCUCCAGCACAUCACAUUCAAUUCACAUGACUGUGUGAAGAAGGGAUUACACAGACCUGUACAUUACCUCAUCAUGUCAUUACUUCUACUAAACCACCCUUCUACUUCUCCUUAGCAUUUCCCACAAGUGUUUACAGUGUAUCAAUCGUCCAUCCUAAACAACUAUUAGUGUCAUUAUAAGUGAGAGAUUCUGUGAAGCUGAGCUAAGGGGUGGCCGGAGAUGGCCUCUAAGGCCUGUCACAUGCGCAAAUGAAAAUUAAAUGAUAUGUAACACAACCCGCAGACUGUAGAUGUGCUGUGCCUCCACUGCCUUAUUGAAAGUCAAGCUAACAUUUGACUUCCGAUGUGUUAUUGUGGUAAUGCUAACGUGGGCAUUCGUGUUGUAAAAAGGCAGUAAACUGGUGUAAAGAUCCAAAAGGCUUCCACACAUUACUUGAGCACAGCUCCUUGUUGCCUUCAUUUUCCGUCAGCGAAGACAACAGCAGUGUAGCUUACUGAGGGACACAAGGCAGGCAUUAGAUUAGUUUAUGCAGAGAAUUUAAAAUUCAGUCAAAUCAAAACAUAUUGAAUAUUACAUCUGUUAUCGUGUUCAACAGGUAGUUCAAAUUUGUAAUAAAAAGUGUCAGCCCCAGAAUGAAGACUAAAGCCACGCCACCCCACUGGCCAUCACUUUAACAGUCACUCUUUGUUUUUGUCUUUUGCGGGUUAGCGAGCCAACAGUUUCAUAUGUUGUGCCCUGUGGAGUUUCCAUGAAAACAAACAUGAUGUCAUGUACAUUGCUACAGUUCUUGGUGUGUUACUGCCACUCAUUGUCAGCGGAAGAGCCUGAAACGGAUGCCACGAUGUGCAUUGCGCUACUCGCGCUCAAAUGGGGACCCACCCAUGAAAGCGGCCAACGAGACAAGGCGGCUCGUUUUAGUCACAUUUUGGUCAUGAGCAAACGUCUUCUAACAUCCACUGACUUGUUUAGAACAGCCCAUUAAAUAUUACCUCUAAUGA